AUGGAUGAGCCAGUCAUUGACACAUCGACCCCGGAGACUUUGGAAAGGGAUUUCAUGGCUUGGCUUAAUGUGAGUUCUUAACUGAAUCCGUCCGUUAAUAUUGUUCGAUUUACAGAGUGACCCCGCGAACACUCCAAUCCGUAAAGCCGUAUUUCUUUCAAAUUCCGAUUCUUUACCGCCUGCACUUAUCAGCCAGUUCACCGAAGCAUUUGAAGUAAGAACAUGGAGAAUAAGAGAAACUAGGUUCAAAUAAACUACUUUUUCAGGUUAACAUGUACAAUCCGUACUACUAUCCAGAUACCUCGGACAGUGGAUCUCCUUCUUCGCUGUCUUGCUCUUCUUUAGAUUAUGAUGUCCCACCACCUCCGCAGUACGAGAAGGACGUGGCUAGAAGCUCUGGUUAGUGGCGAUGAAAAGACUAAUAUCAAACUCUCAUAUCAUGCUAAUCAGUUUUUUGGGAAGUGGGGAGGGGGCGAAUCUUAUAACGACGGGAGGCAUUAAUCAAAAGAAAACAACGAACGGGUUAUAGUCACAACAGAAUUCGAGUGUUCCAUUCCGAUUUAAUGCCCUCUAUUGUUUUUAUGUGCAUCCAUCUUUGAUAUCUAUCUCUCUGUAUAUCAUACCCGCAGACAGGAUUCGUUAUCUGUAUGAUUGUCUGGGGGGAGAGGAGGAGAGGAAUAGGAAUCGAGCGAAAUUGGUGAUCGUUUGUUUCAGGACGAAAUCAGCUGGGAAGGACGUACAGUCCCGGAUUGCCAUUGUCGAUGUGUGAACGAGAAGAGAUUGUAAAACUGUUUCAAGUGAGUGGUCAAGGAUUCCGGCAUGUGUAGAGAGAACUGGUUGUUGUAGGGUGGAUGGAAGAUUUGCGACAUUUCAAAACGACUUUGUGUCACGCACAGUUGUGUGAGCAAGAUUCUCAAUAGGUCGGUCGUUUUUGUGCUAUUUAUUCAAACCAAGUAUCUUUUCAGAUACCGACAGACCGGAUCAGUAAAACCCAAAGAUGCGAAGGAAGGAAGGACAGAAUCGCCUUUAGUAUUAGCUGUCCGCGAUUAUCGGUAGGCAUCGGCUGAUUUUAAGAAUCCGAGCGAAAAUAUCUGUUUUUUUUUCAUAUUCAGAUCACGACUUGGAAUGUGCCGGCAAAGUGAGAUUAGAGAGCAACUGAUACGGGACGGAGUCUGCACGAGAGACAACGCGCCGUCCAGAAGCAGCAUUAAUCAGUGAGACAUAGAAAAUAGAGAAAAGUUUCCAAUCAGAAUCUCCUUUUCAGUAUUCUCCGCACCAAACUGGACAUAAAGAGACGGAAGAAGUGCCUAGUUGACGAGUGA